ACGACUUCACCGUACAGCUCUUUUCCAUCAUCCCUAAAAUGUGAGAAAUUGCGGUAUAACCCAAUGCCUCUCCAACUUAUAUUAUUCUGCUAGAUCCUCACAAAUACGACAGUUCAAGCUCAUAUGGAUGGCACUAGUCGUCGCAGUAUGCAUCGCACCAAAUACUCCUAUUUCAAUAAGUGACCAAGAUGGACACGGAGAGUGAAGAUGGGUUCCUCCAGCCCAAGAUCCACCCCCUAACCCUCUUCUCCGCCACCAAAUCCCAAAACCGGCUGCUCUACGCCUGCGCGCCCAUGGUCCGGUACAGCAAGCUCGCCUUCCGGCAGACAGUGCACCACUUCGGCACGGACCUCUGCUGGACGCCCAUGAUGCUGGCCAAGGAGUUCAACCGAAGCCGGUUCGCGCGCGACAGCGACCUGACUAUGUCUACCCCUACCCCCCGUACCCCCACCGACGCGGGGGUUAGUGAAAGCGGUGCACAUGGACGUGGGAUUGGGGAAGUUCCGACAAUAGCACAGUUCGGCGCGAGCCAGCCCCUCGAGCUGUCCCGCGCCGCCUCCCUCGCCGCCCCCUACGUCAACGGCGUCGAUUUGAACUGCGGGUGCCCGCAGAGCUGGGCGUGUGCGGAGAAGCUGGGCGCUGCGCUGAUGGAGCGGCGCGAGGUAGUGCGGGACAUGGUGGUAGAGACUCGAUCGCGACUCCAACGCGACGGCUGGGCCGUAGACCUGGCUAACUACACCCCGAGCACCGACUUCGCCGGUCGCGGACGUAGCGUCAGCGUGAAGAUCCGGGUGCACUCCGACCUACGGCGAACAAUGGACUUCAUAACGACGGUGCUCGGAGACGAGCACAACCGCAACAUCGACUGGCUGACAAUCCACCCGCGCACGCGAAGCACACCGAGCAGCAUCCCGAUCAACCUCGAGGCGCUCGAGAUCCUGACCUCGACAUUCGGCACGAAGCUUCCUAUCCUCGUAUCCGGCGACGUUUUCACGCUUUCCACGCUGCCGUAUACAUCUCACCUGCUAGAUCCGCAACCCACGUUCACCACUACAAACUCUGAUAAUAACAACGAAGAUCUCAGUAAAUCCCAUCUCCCCCAUCUCGCAGGUCUAAUGUCCGCACGCGCCCUCCUCGCAAACCCGGCCCUCUUCGGCGGACAUGACAGCUGUCCCUGGGAAGCCGUCGACGUCUUCAUGUCGAACGUAGCGCGGGCGCCCUUACCGCUGAAGCUAAGCGUGCACCACCUGACGGAGAUGUGCGGGCCUGGUUUCGGACCCGAUCGGAAUGCCGCGUUGCUAACGAAGAAGGAGCGCUUGCGGUUAACGGAGAUGGGGAAUUGGGUUGAUGUUAUUGAUUAUAUGGAUGAGAUACGGAGUCAGAGGGGGGAGAAGGGUGGGAUUGUGCGGGUUGUUUGAGCGCUUGGUGCUUGACUAUGGGAUGUGUAGGUAAUAAGGAUAUAUGGACAUGUGUGCGUAGAUAUCACGAGAGCAAUUACUCGAUAUAUAUAGUUAGAACUUUUAAUAAAUAAACAAUCAUUAUCAAAUCA